AUGUGCCCUCUGUACAUUAUUAUCUGCCCACGCCUCUCUUCCUCAUCCUGGUGCUGCCAAAUCUGUCGUCGCGAUGUUGGUGUUUCUCGCCGCAACUUUUGCCAACAAAUCGACCUCCCGGAGCUUAGCUGCCAUCAUCUAUCGGAGUCACCACAGCAGCCUCGUCAAGCUCCUCUCGGUGCCUCUAUCUCCAGCAACUCCGUCUUUCUUGUUUCCGAAUUUUUCCCCGACGCCAGCCUCGCCCACUGUCUCCUUAACCGCCGGAACUCUAGCUACACUGAUCUCGUCACGUGGACCUCUAGGAUGCAGAUCGCCUCCGACGUCGCUCAUGGCCUCGAUUACAUCAACAAUUUCUCCGAUUCAAACUCCGAGGUCCAUCCGACAGUGAUGCAGCAGCCUGAGAGUGCAUCCAGCGAUUGGAGUGGAAGGACUUGGUUGUACUGGAGACGAAAUCGCCGUUUCCAUGGUGGACCUCCACUUGCAGCAGGGAGGCAGGAGGAGCACCACCUGUUAGGCUUGGAAAGAAGAGUGAUGGGUGACCUUGAGAAAUUGGAGGAGAAAAGAAUGAAAGGAAGAGAGAGGUUACUAAUGAGUG